AAACUUUAAUAAUACCACAAAUCAGCUUUGCCUUUUCAUUUAGUCCCACUAAAAUUGUCAGUGUGAACUGCAAAAUUCAAUAACAUCAUUGUGUUUUCACUAUCGUCGUCGUUUUUCUUAGGUCUUCUUAAUAAAGUGUUGCGGCUCUCUGCUGCAUCUCAUCAUUUCUCUGUGUUUUCCUUUUCUUUUAGAAUUGUUGAGUAGGGAGGGCAUGAAUAAAAAUAGCAUUGCUCAUAUGAUGUGAAGUGAUGUUGAGUUAAUUAAGAAGCAUCAAAUGGGCACAGAGGAAGCAUCUUCUUCUCUGUCGAUGGGCAUAACUCUCAAGGAAGGAGAGCGGAUAUUAGCACCAACAAGGAGGCCUGAUGGCACUUUUAGAAAGCCUAUCCGAAUCAGAGCUGGUUAUGUCCCUCAGGAGGAAGUUGCCAUUUAUCAGUCGAAAGGCGCCCUGUUGAGAAAAUCAAUGCCUGAAGUCCCUCCUGGGUACGACCCAGUAGCAGAUACCAAACACAAAACAAAGUCUGCUAAGAGGAAUGAGCGAAAGAAGGAGAAGAAGCAUCAGGCUAGUAUUGCCACAUCAGCAUCUGAGAAGGGCAAAACAUCUGAGAGUACAGUUAAUGGACAGACAGCAGCAGCUGAAAAUAGGGCACAUAAAGAUCAAGAUAUACAGGGUGUAGUCCAGCAAAUGGGCUCAUUAACUGUCUCCACAGAGGUUUCUGUUACUGCUCCAUCAGAGCAAACACAUCUCGAAAACAUAGAACUGGAUAAACGAAUUCGAGCAUUGAAGAAGAAGAUUCGACUGACUGUGUCACAGCAGGCGUCUUUAGCUGGAAAAGAGACAUUAAAUCCUGAGCAAAGAGAAAAGCUAACUAAGUUGGAUACAUGGCAAAAAGAGUUGAUGGAUCUGGAGGAGAAAAGAAUGCUGUUGGAUUCAUAAGGAUUGAAUUUAUUUAAUAAUGUACAUUAGUACAAACUUGUUAUGUGUCUGAUUCCUAAAGUGUUAUAAGUUAAUGACACUAUCUUGAGUUUGAAUUUCAUAACUUGGUGCAGACACAAAAUGCAGUGCUUUAUUCAACAAGUUCUAGCUUGACCUCUAACUAGAAUGAAUUAACAAAGGAAUUUGAAGGUUGCAGCAAUCCUUGGUGUCUUGAGCAUCUUUUUCUCCUACUUGUGUUUCCUGUCAAUGUCUUGUUCGAAGUGCAAACAGUUUGUAUGAGUGAUGUUUAUUAUACAAUAUCUAACAGAGAAAAUGAAACUGACUUAAUAGAUGAGAAACCAUUUACUUGUAAACUAAAUUAAA